AUGGGUUUCUGUCGAUGGAUAUGGGAUUCAGUAGAUGUAGCAAAUAAUCAGCAUCAACAACGAUUGCUGAUGUCUUAUUCCCCGCAGGGGAAAAUGCGACAAAUGCGCCGACUUCGUUUCUGUGUAGUGGCAUUAGUUGUGAUGCUGGUGACUUACUGGUUUAUCUUUGGUGAUGAAGAUUCUGUUACCACAAGGUCAUCGCCAGUGACCCCUCCAGAAUGGGCGGAAAUGUGUGAGUUUCUGGAGCGCAAAUGGCAGGGAAGUGAGGGCCAAAUCGCCGACACGGGCUUUCGGUUACGGGGCAUUGCUAUAGGAUUCAGACAUGGAGAGAGGUCUCCCUUAAUAACUACAUAUGAUAGAGAAGGAUGUCUGCCUUUUCGAGAAGAAGAUCGGAAAGACUUUCAACAAUACAGAAGUCUAGUCAGCAGUGACGACUUUCAAUUUUUCCUGCGUCACGACAAAAUGUUUGAAAAUUUCGCCUUUGCUCCAUCUCACUCUGAAUGCUCACCAGGUCAAAUGACUGCGGAAGGGGCUUUGCAACAUGUAAAACUGGGAAAUUACAUGAGAAAGAAGUAUUCAUCAUCUAGCAUAUUUGCACCAGAAUCUCGUCUAAAUGUGUUUGUGACUUCAUCUCCGUUCAAUCGCACUUAUCAGUCUGCUAUUGCAUUCACCUCCUCUUUUUUAUAUCCUCUCAGAGUGACAAUCCCGCAGGUGUUCAUUCGAGCCUCCAACUUUACAUUCAUGUGCACGAGUAGAGAUUGUCAGUGUUAUCCUGCAAAGCAAUGGAGACUUCAGUACGAAGAAGAGCAUGCUCAGUAUUUUCGUGAAAGAUCGCCGGAACAUCUACGAGUCAUCGCCGCUGCUUUGAAAACACAUCCUAAUUUCAACAAAACCAUCGAUCCUUUUCAAAUGAUCGAUGUUGCUUUGGGGAGUUACAUCUGCCGUCGUCGUGCUUUGCCUUGUUUCGGUAAGGGUAACUGCCUUGAUUAUGGAUUCAUGAGCGAGCUCGUCAAGGAAACUACAAUACGCGGUCAGGUGAUGUACGAUGAACAGUCACGCUACAUAGCUCAGAAACUUCAGUUGGUCGAAGCAUAUGGUGUUCUAUACCAUAUUGUAGAAGCAGUUGAAAAAUUGAGAAGAUUUGCGCAUACAAACAUUAUACAGGUUUUUUCUGGCCAUGAUGUCAUGCUGGCACCUUUAUUGCGGGUUAUGGGCGUUCCAUUCGUUGAUCCUCCUCAUUAUGCGUCACACAUUGUUAUAGAGUUUUACGAACCCAUUAUUAGCUCUUCUGCUAAGGAUCCUAUACAUCUCCGGUUCAUUUACAAUGGUGUGGACAUCACGAACUCCAUAUCAUUUUGUGAAAGUCACACAAAAGAGGCUGGGCUUUGUCCGGCGCAGCAAUUGGAGGAAUUUGUACAAAAACGCAUCUUUUCCUUAUUAGGUGUUAGUUCCUUGAGAGAUAUCUGCGAUAUUGCUGCUCAGUAAAUCAUAUUGUAUGACAAUUAUUAACCAAUUAAAUUUGCUCAUGUUGCUCUUUUUGUUUGCUGCCUUGUUUUUUAUUUGUAUUGUUCGUUGCUCUCACACAGGUAGUAUUGUGAUACGUGGUGAGAUAAUGUUGAUCAUUAUUUUAGAGAUAAUUUUGAUUUCUUGCGAAAAAGUCAGGUCAAUAAAUCACUGUUUAUAA